AAUAAUGUUUAGCUACUCUUUGCCCAAUUUACCUGAUUCUCUAAAUUUUUCAAACUUAUUAAUGCUAACAUUAACAGCACCACCCUCAAAUUUGAAUCCAGAAUAUUUUAGUUCACUCAUGAGCCAGUAAAUGAAUUCUUUAAAAUAUUAAGGUAUGGACCUGUUGUUCAUGUAAAAAUAUUAAAUCGAUCUUUAAUGGAAUGUAAAGUUUUGGUAGAGAUGGCUAAUAUUGAAGCAGCUAAAAAUGCCAAAAAAUCAUUAGAUUAGUUAUCUUCAAAUUUUAUCAAAUGUUCUUACUAUUAAGAUGAUAAAUUAAUACCACAUGGUUCAUUUACUAUAGGAUCAUAUGAAACUAUUGAAGAUACAACUUCAAGUACGUUUAAAAAUAGGCAUUCCACAUCUAUAAAUGAUAGUAUUAUAUUUAAUAAUAAAAUUAGUCAUAUAAGAUGGAGACUCUAAACCAUAGAGUGCAACUGUAUUACCAAUAAGUUAAAAACUUAUUCAAUCUUAAAAAAAUAUAUAAUCAACAAAAACAGUUUGUUUAAAUGGUAUUUCGGGAAAAGACUUAGAUGCAUAGAAAUUAUACAAUAUCUUUAGCAAUUUCGGUAAUGUAGAUAAAAUUAUUUUAAUAAAGUAAUUUUUUUUAUAUUAUUUAAAGUUUAAAGAAUUUUGCUUUAAUAAAAUACUUAAAAGAAGAUCAGGCUUGUUUCGUUUAUUAGAAUUGUCAGAAUUUACAAUUUUUCGAAAGUUCUUUAACAAUUACAUUCGCUGCAGAUGAUUCAAUUGAAAAAUUAGUUGGUCUAGAUACAUUAUAUAGAGAAUAAGACUAUUAUGUUGGAUCUGAAAACACUGAUAGGUAAUUUAUAGAAAAAUCAAUUUUAGAUUCAAUGCAAAUAAUAAAAUGAUUUUAUUGGCUCCUAGCCAAGUUCUUCAUAUCUCUAAUCUAAAAAAAAUGUCAUCCAAUGCUGAAACUAUGUGGGACAUCUUUUCAGAAUAUGGCGUUGUUGAAGUAUUUUACUAAAAUAAUUAAUUAGGCUGUAAAAGUUUUGAACUCAUAAUUUAAAUUUAUGUGUUUAAUCAAAAUGGAAACUUUAAAGCAAGCUUUAGAAGUAAUGGCUCUAAUGCAUAAUGAAGAAGUGGAUGGAAGAAACAUUUAAAUUUCAUUCACUAAAGCCAAAAUUUGAUUAUAAUAAG